GGAUUAAACAUAUAUUACCUAGUUGUCACUAAAACUUGUACAUCUAAAAUAGUUGAUUUUUCUUUACCAUUUUCUUCUAUCUUUUCUCCUAUAUAACCUUAACCUUAUCACAUUUCACUUACCAAAAAAAAUCACCAACUCUCUCUUCUGAUCACAUAAACCCUAAUUUUUAUUCUUCUACAAAACUAUGGAAAUUGAAGCUACUACUGUUCAGAAAAGAAGAAGCUUACCAACAAUAGCCAUGCACAAACAGUCAAGAACACUCACCAAAUCUAAACCUAAGAUCCGAAUCAUUCACAUAUUCGCACCGGAGAUCAUUAAGACCGAUGUCGCCAACUUCCGGGAAAUCGUCCAGAAUCUCACCGGGAAACAAGAUCAUCAUCACCACGAUCUCCCCCACCAAAAGGGUCUCAAAAGAAACCCUAGAUCUAGAAGAAGUCAUGAUCAUCAUGAAGUCCAUGACAUGAACAAGAGCCAUGGAUUUUGCAUAAACUCAGAUGAAGAGGAAGAAGGGAUGGUGUCGAUGACGUGGAACGGAAAUGGUGACGAGAGCUCCGGUGGGUUCUUGAACGGGUUAGGAGAUCUCGACGGCUUCAUUCAGGAGCUAGGUGAAUUUCCUUAUUUACCCUUCACCAUUGACCCUGCCGUUGCUUCUUCCUCCCACUUACAUGGCAACGUUUUCGCAGAACCUCACCAUUACGCCUAAAACGUCUCAAGCGGAAGAAUCUUUUAAACAUUUUAUUUCUUUAAAAUAGGUUAAAACUUUUAAUAAUUUUUUGUUUUCUUCUUUUAUAUACUUUCUAGAAGCUAAUUUUUGUUUUUUUCGAUAAUUGAAAUGUUUGACUUUCUAGACAAUAUUCUUGUGGAAUCGUGGGAGGUUCGGGUUUACGAUUAUUACGAGUUCUAUUUCUGCAUAAUUUUUUCCCUCUGGUUUUGUAUUUUUUAUAUGAUUACACUAUAAUCUAGUAAGUAGGUAUGAAAUUUUAUAAAUCU